AUGACGGAGAAUCUUUACGCAACAGUCCAGCCUCCAUUGGACACACGGCCGUCGAAGGCUUCCCGCAACAAUGCCCACGGAACCGACCAGGACGUGAUAGAGCGCUCCAAGGUCCGUGAGAUUUGCGAAGGAUGGGGCAUGUAUCGCGAUGCCGCGGAAUGGUCCAACUACAGAUCAAUGUUCCACGACGACGCCUACAUCGCAACCAGCUGGCACCAGGGCGGCAUCGACGACUUCAUCGAAGCGUCCAAGAAGGGCUUCGCCAUGCAGAAUCAAGGCUUCAUGUACAUCCUGCACCGCAUCAUCGGCCAGACGGUCGACGUGCAGGGCACCCGGGCCGUGUCCAAGAUGAAGGUGACCAUCACGUGCCGCUACAACUUCAAGGGCGGCAUCGAGAUGGAUAACGAAGCCGACUGCCGCUUCUUCUUCCUGCUCGACAAGCGCGACGGCAAAUGGGGCGUGGCCUUUUACACCCUGCUCUUUGAUAAGGACAAGAUGGUGCCAGUUAACCCCGGCAGACAGAUCCAACUUCCGGAGGAAGAGGUUGGCAAGUAUCCGUCCGGGUAUCGGUAUCUGGCGUGGUGCGAGGCGAAUAUAUCGAAGACGCCGCCGAAGAUGGAUCUGAACAGCCAUGGCCCCGAGAGGGACAUCCUGUAUGGGAAGUGCAAGGAUUGGCUUGACGGAAAAAAAGUCACGCCGAACCUGACGGGCAAGGAUGAGGUGACUAAGUGGUGA